AUGACAGAGGUCCACAACUUUGGCACUGAGGCGGUCACUUGCCAUGCUUGGAACAAAAACCGUAAUGAAUUGGCUUUGUCGUCUAACAGUACCGAGGUGAAAGUUUACAAAAAGACCGGUGGGUGCUGGCAGGAGUAUGAGACAAUGACGGAACAUGGUCAGAGAGUGACCAGUAUUGACUGGGCUCCUAACAGUAACCGCAUUGUCACAUGCGGAUCGGACCGUAAUGCCUAUGUCUGGAAUUAUAACGAUGGGAAGUGGACCCCCAUCCUGGUCAUCCUGCGUAUCAACCGGUCAGCAACAGUUGUGAAGUGGUCACCAAAAGAAAAUAAAUUUGCUGUUGGCAGUGGUGCUCGGCUGAUUUCCGUGUGUUAUUUUGAGGAGGAGAAUAAUUGGUGGGUGAGCAAACACAUUAAGAAACCAAUUCGUUCUACUGUUACGUGUCUUGACUGGCAUCCUAACAAUGCAAUGUUGGCAUGUGGCUCCACUGACUUCAAAACCAGAAUUUUCUCUGGAUUUGUCAAGGAUGUGGAGGCAAAACCUUCUGGCGCCCCAUGGUGGGACGGCAAGAUGAGUUUUGGGACUUUGCUGGCUGAAUAUUCGAACGGUGGAGGUGGUUGGGUACAUGAUGUGUCUUUUUCACCGAGUGGUGACAAGUUGGCCUGGGUUGGGCAUAAUUCAAGCAUUUCUGUUGUCAAUGCUGCAACUGGGCAACAGAUGGCUGUUCUUAAAACCAACUUUCUGCCUUUUGUAUCUUGUACUUGGUUGAAUGAGUCAAGCAUUUUGGGUGUGGGCUAUGAUUGCUGCCCCCUGCUUUUCUCAUAUUCUGACCAAGGACAGUUAAUUUUUACCUGUAAUUUGGAUGUUCCUAAGGAACAAUCAAUAGGCACCCAAAGUGCCAUGCAAAGGUUUCGAGAUCUGGACAGAAUGGCUGCCAUUUCAGAUGACACAAAGAACGUCAAAACUCUGCAUCAGAACACUAUCACGCAAGUCAUUGUCUAUUCUGGGACCAAGGAGGAUUGCUCCAAAUUCUCUACUUCGGGUGUUGAUGGCAAUUUGAUUAUUUGGGACUUUAAGUCUCUGGAGAAAUCGGUUGCUGGUUUGAGAAUUUAA